AUGCUGCGCUUGGAGCCUGAAAGUGGGUUCCUCGGACGCCGGUUCUGCCUGCUUAUUCCCGACACCACCACGCUUGAACGUCUUAUGGACCCCAUCAUCAACGUCAACCUUAGCCGAUCAAUACGCUAUGAUAAAUUUCAGCAGCAGCAGCAGUAUUCAUGGGCGCCAUUACCCCACGACGGCAUCCGAAAACCGGCUGGUCUUCGCAGAGGAGGCUUUAUUGUCAAGAUGCCCUCCACAAAGCUACUAUUCGGACCCAUGCUCAUUGGGGUCCUUUUCAAUACUAUUUUGUACGGGAUUCUUGUCGUCCAGUCAUUCAUAUAUUAUCAGACAUACAAGAAGGAUGCAGCGUGGCUACGGUACUUCAUGCUCUACCUUUUUAUAGCAGAGACUGUUAACAGUGCCCUGGAUAUCGUCAUGGUGUACGAACCACUUAUUCUCAACUUCGGCAAGUAUUCAUGCUCUACAGUGUCUGUAUCUUACUUACAUACAACUCUCGAACCAGAGACAUCCAAGGCGACGACGUUCUUCCCAAUCAUGCUCGCCACCGAUCCAAUAGUCACAGUUCUGAUAUCCACCCCAAUCCAAAUCUUCGUAGCGUGGAGAAUUUUCAUCAUCAGCAGGGCUAAAUGGCUGGCUGGUCUCAUUUGUAUAUUCGCAUUCAUCUCUAUGGGUGGCGGGUUCUGGACUGGGAUUACUGUGACUAUCAUUCGUCGAUUUGACCGCAAGCCUGAGCUUCAUUGGCCCGCGCUGACCUGGCUACUUGCGUCCGCUAUCGCUGAUGUCAUCAUAACAGCAUCGCUCGCCUUUAGCUUGUCUCGUCGAAAGACAGGAAUAAGCAAUACGGACGAUGCCGUCAAUAGGAUAAUAAGAUUAACUAUCCAAACCGGUUUGAUAACCGCCAUCUUUGCAGCUCUGGAUGUCAUUUUCUUCUUGGCACUUCCGCGCACAACUAUUAACUUCAUCUGGGACUUUGCUUUGUCAAAGCUUUACACCAACGCCCUACUGUCCACCUUGAACGCCCGCGUCGGUUGGAAUAAAGCUGCCAAUGCCAACACACACCAUAACGUUUUGUUUGGGAAUGAAACAGGCGGUGUAACCCGGGGCACGAGUAGAGAGGCGGGAAAUUAUGCAUCAAGCCAAUUUCGCAUCGCGAAUCCGUUGGAGGUUAGCGGACUAUAUGAGUUGGAAUCCACAUUAGAUAGGUUCAACCCGCCCAAAAGCCGCGACACAGAACCCGGGGGACUUGCCAUAAUGAUCACCAAAGAUGUGGAGUCCACUCAAGACCCUCCAAAUUAUCACAUCCAGCAGUAG